CGAAGCGCCUCCUUCCUGUGUGCGCGAGCGGAGCGGAACCCGGUAUUUAAGGCUUAAAGCGCAGUUUCCUCUCAGUCAGCUGUUGACAGAAACUCAAGUUUGUCUCCUUCUUUAUUUAUUCUCCUGUUUUCCUUUUGUUUUUCGGCACGCACUUGUUGAACAUGGGCUUCCUGCUCACCAAAAUGAUGGCCGUGUUCGGAGACGCAGAGCACAAAGUCAUCAUUGUGGGUUUGGACAACGCUGGGAAGACCACCAUCCUUUAUCAGUUUUUGACGAAAGAGGCCGUCCACACGUCGCCCACCAUCGGCAGCAACGUUGAGGAGAUCACAGUCCGAAACACACACUUCAUGGUUUGGGACAUCGGAGGACAGGAGAGUCUCCGGGCCGACUGGUACUCGUACUACUCCAACACCGAGAUCGUCAUUCUGGUCGUGGACAGCACGGAUCGAGAGAGGCUGACUGUCAGCAAAGACGAGCUGCACCGGAUGCUUGCGCAUGAGGACCUGCAGAACGCAGCCGUUCUCGUUCUGGCCAACAAACAGGACGUGAAGGGCUCCAUGACGGCGAAGGAGAUCUCCCAGUGCCUGACGCUGGACUCCAUCAUGACCCACUCGUGGCACGUUCAGGCCUGCUGCGCCCUAACCGGAGAAGGUCUUCCUGCCAGCCUGGACUGGAUGAGAUCGAAGGUCGUGGCGAACUGAGACGCCCCCUGAGGGAUCAAACUUCAUCCAACGGAGCCGAGAGGCCUCGCUGUCGGUGUGAUUCAGUGUUUCAGCACACCUCCGGGGUUGUGUUGUUCUUAAAGACUUGUUUCCUGCUUUCCUUAUACCUCAGCUAAACCUGCAGCUAAAAUGCACUACAAGUAGCCAAAACAUCCUACCUGACCAGAAAUACCAGAUUCCAUUUAGCAUCGGGACAAGUUCUCGCUGCUUCCAAGAAAAUGUCAUUUAUAAAAAUGGCGGUAAGUGUCAAAUAACUUGGACGGUUAUUUCCUGUCAGAGCGACUUUUUUUUUUUUUUUUUUU